AUGAAUGUAUUGCACAUUGCGGCCAAAAAAGCUGACGAGUACUUGAUCACACUCCUUCUUGCUUCAGGGGCAUCAUCGCACGCCAGGAGCUCCUCGGAGCCAACACCGCUAUAUCGUGCGGCGCGAAGUGACUUAGUGGCUGUCCUUGAAAUGCUCUACGACGCCGGUGCUAACAUUGACGCCUUGACAUGUGAUAAGUAUAACCCUCUGAGUGAGGCGGUCAUUGGCGGCCACCCGGAGGUUCUGCGAUCGCCGCUUGAACAAGGUGCGCAUCCCAGUAUUGCAAACGACGACGCUGCUGCAGUGUCAUCGUCAUCUGAUAAUACGUCGGCAGAUUGGAAGGCAGGAGCCAAAGGGACGAUUGAGACGAAAGAAGCGCGAAACCCCCCGGAGAUGAUCGACACGAUGACGCAAACGCAGCUGGAAUACCAAGUCACAGACCUGCCGACGCCGGCGAAAUAUUCCUCCCCCUUUGUGGCCGUUCGGCAGGACAAGUUCGCCGAGCUGUCGGUCAAUCCGUCGACCCAAAUCGGAUCUCGACCUCAACGCCGCCGCAAACCUACCAAAGACGCCGCUAGCGUCGCCCCGUGGGCGAGAUCCAACGCUGCGGAAAACUUACUUCUAAUUCUCCGAAUCCAGGCCAGCGGAUGGGCAAAGAUGCAACGGGGAUCGCGUUCGCCAACACGGGCGUGA